UCCCCGAUGAGCACAACUUCCUUCAGAAAGCGGAUACACUUUUUUGUGCUUAUACUUAUCAGUCCCGAACAAUUUUAUGAGAUUUCCUCUCAUAAAUAAUCGCACAAUGCGAAUCAACGCUGGUCAACAUGUUCGUGUAGUUAGUAAAAUAGUGAUCAAAGUUUAAGUCCGCCGUAAUACAUUCAUUUUCACCCUCCAAUUCAGCCAAAUAGCGAGCAAUCAACUGAUCAUUAUAUUUAAUGAUGAUAUUCAUGAGCGGUCGGACCGAAUGGAGAAGGCAGUUUUGAAUGGGCCAAGUUUUGUCGAAGCAGAAUGUGGCAUUCGUCAUCAGAGGAUCCAGUAGGCAGCUGUGCAGAGGCAGAAUCCAUGAUGCACCAUUUGGGGAGUCCUGUCUUAAAGGGUGAAGUGAAUCAGAAAGAGAAAGCGGAGUAUGCAGAUCCCUUUGCCCCCUCUCUGGGGCAAGAGCAGUUUUUUGGGAAGGUGUUUUCUGAUAUCAUGUCUGAAACCGUAAAGUACAGUGAUGAUGAUCACAAAACAUUCUUUUUGAAGACACUGAAUGAACAGCGUUUGGAUGGAGACUUUUGUGAUAUUGCCAUUGUGGUAGAAGAUGUAAAAUUUAGAGCACAUCGCUGUGUUUUGGCUGCCUGUAGCACGUACUUCAAGAAACUUUUUAAAAAACUAGAAGUUGAUAGUUCCUCUGUUAUAGAGAUCGACUUUCUUCGUUCUGACAUAUUUGAGGAGGUGCUGAACUAUAUGUACACUGCAAGAAUUUCAGUAAAAAAAGAAGAUGUUAACUUGAUGAUGUCUUCAGGUCAGAUACUUGGUAUUAGAUUUUUGGACAAACUUUGCUCUCAGAAGCGUGAUGUUUCCUCUCCUGAGGAAAGUGUGCAACAAAAAACAAAGUUUCCUUUUGAUACUAGUGUUAAGAUAAGUCGCCCACUAAUCGACACAAGUGACAACCAAGAUGAUGAAGUUGAAGAAAUUGGAGACCAGGAUGACUGUCCAUCUGAUGAUACAGGGGCUGAUACUCCACCCGCACAGGAUGAAGGCAAAUCGCCAACUCUAAGGGUGCAGGAAGCCAUUUUGAAAGAACUUGGAAGUGAGGAAGUGCGGAAGGUAAAUUGUUUUGGCCAGGAAGUGGAAACGAUGGAGACUACAGAGCCAAAAGAUAUCAGAUCCCAAACCCCUCAACCUUUGACAUUCAAUGACAGCAUUAGUGAAGUUAAGGACGAGCAACAUCCAGGCUGGUCAACGGCAGCUGCAGACAUGAAGUUCGAGUAUUUGCUUUAUGGUCAUAGAGACCAAUUCGCUUGUCAUGGAUGUGGCAAAACCUUUACAGAUGAAGCACGAUUAAGGAAGCAUGAAAAACUUCACACAGCAGAUCGUCCAUUUGUUUGUGAAAUGUGCACUAAAGCCUUCACUACUCAGGCUCACUUGAAAGAACAUCUAAAAAUCCAUACAGGUUACAAGCCCUACAGCUGUGACGUUUGUGGGAAGUCCUUCAUUAGAGCACCUGACUUGAAAAAGCAUGAAAGGGUCCAUAGUAAUGAAAGGCCAUUUGCCUGCCAUAUGUGUGAUAAAGCAUUCAAACACAAAUCCCAUUUGAAAGAUCACGAAAGAAGACAUAGAGGGGAAAAACCUUUUGUCUGCCCUUCUUGCACUAAGGCUUUUGCAAAGGCUUCUGAUCUAAAAAGGCAUGAAAAUAACAUGCAUAGUGAACGAAAACAAGUUGCAACUAGUGCCAUGCAAAACGAAACUGAACAGUUACAGGCUGCAGCUAUGGCGGCAGAAGCCGAACAACAGCUGGAGACUAUCGCUUGUACCUGAAUUCCAAAUAUUUAAUGUACCUACGAAUAAUUUUAUGCACAGACAUUCAUCUUGUAUAUAAAAAAUAUCAUAGUACAACAUGCUUACAAUUUUUGAUGUUUCUUUUUCUGAAAUUAAUAAAAAAGAAACCUAUGUUGUUAAAAUAAUGUAUAUAUGUAUAUACAGCUGUACUUUGAGUGCCAUUUUAAAAGAUUGACUUUUCAGAAUGAUUGCAAAAGGCUGUUUUUUUCUCACAAAACUAAAUUAUUAUAUUUUGAAGUCCUGUCUGCUAAGGUUGAGCACUAGAAAACUGAAAUCCUAAUGAGGUUAGUUUUUCAAGGCAUACCCUAUGGAUAAUGUUAUGUUUUUAAAUAUAGUCUGUUCCAUAGAAAGAAGAUGAAAUUCAAUUAUAACCAAACUGGAUCUAAGUUCUGCUUCCUUUCUGACUUAUUACAUACAGUGGUAACAGCAGAAAAUCCUGGAAGUGUAUUCUGCUUUCUAGGUUACAGAUUUUAUCACUAAACAUUGAAACUGAAUAGCCUUUGAAUGUCUCAGUAUAUUUUAUUGCCAAUUUAAAUUUUGAGUCAGGUUCUUAGGCAUGUUCUCAGGCGAAAUCCUGAGAAGGUAUAGUUUUUUUUCUCUGUCCCCAAUAAACCGAUCAUUUCAGUUACAGAUACUUUUAUUUAAUUGUACAGGCUUAUUGUCUGUGCUUCAUUCAAUUGGUUCCCCUCCCCUGCUUUACAGUUGGUUGCGUUCACACAUUUAGCUACUGUACUCACAGCUGCUUAACUCUAGUACUCACCCUUACCAAACCAUCAGUGUUAAGGAUGCAUUGGUACAACACAAUGCAGGUAAGCAUCAUGAAUGUUUAUGUUAAUGCCAUCCUCUGUCAGUCCUCUCCUUAUCCCUUGACAGUGCAUCCCCACCCUACUCUUUCCAGGUUUUGCUGAUUAACCACAGCAUAGUCCUUUGCCUGAUGAUCCUUGUUUUGAUAAGUUUUAACCUGGAAACAUAUUAAGGACCAGGUAUCAAAGAGAAGAGUUUCUGUGCUGGACAUCUGCUUAUUCCAUCAUAUAGCAGACUUUGUAAUCUUGCUUUCUGACCUCAUACAGACUGCAUUUAACAUGGCAUGGGUGUGGACUCCAUUUCCAACCUGCCCAUUAUGCAUUGUAUUGCUGCGGUACCUCUGCCCACUAGUACUGGCCAUUUAACAUGGCAGCACUCACUCACUUCUGAUAGAAAGGGCAGACAACAAUGACAUAAGCAGAUGCCCUCCUCCUGUCCAUUCAGCAGACUGUAGUUAGCCUGGGUUUGGAAAACUUUCCUUUUCAUUAGGAAAGGCUCUGAUGGUGCAGUAUUGAAAGUAGCAGGUGGCUGUGUAUGUGGCAGUUGGCGUUCUGCAUUUUCUAGUGUCCCAGUGGCACUGUAUGUUGUCAGUUAGAGUUCUGUAUUUUCUAGUGUCAAAAACCCGUAAUUUCUUACAAGCACUAAAUUUAUCAGUCAGAGUUUUUUGUUGUUGAAAAGUUUUAAGUAAAAUAAAAAAAGGUUUUAUUUGUA